CCAUUGGCUGGAUCAAUGGCUGGAGUGAAUCACUCUGUGGUAUCUGAGUUUGUGUUUCUGGGACUCACCAAUUCAUGGGAGAUCCAGCUUCUCCUCCUGGUGUUCUCAUCCGUGCUCUAUAUGGCAAGCAUGACUGAAAGCAUCCUCAUUGUGUUUUCUGUUACCACUGAUCCUCACUUACAUUCCCCCAUGUACUUCCUACUGGCCAGUCUCUCCUUCAUUGACUUGGGAGCCUGCUCUGUCACUUCACCAAAGAUGAUAUAUGACCUUUUCAGAAAGCACAAAGUCAUCUCCUUUGGAGGCUGCAUUACUCAGGUCUUCUUCAUCCAUGUCAUUGGUGGUGUGGACAUGGUGCUGCUCAGAGCCAUGGCUUAUGACAGAUAUGUGGCCAUAUGCAAGCCUCUCCACUGCCAGACCAUUAUGAGCCCAAGAAUGUGCACUGUGUUUCUUGCUGCCGCUUGGGCCCUUGGUGUCAGUCACUCACUGUUCCAACUGGUGUUUAUAGUUAAUUUACCCUUCUGUGGACCUAAUGUAUUGGACAGCUUUUACUGUGACCUACCCAGGCUCCUCCGACCAGCCUGCAGAGAUAACUAUAGCCUGCAGUUCAUGGUCACUGUCAACAGUGGGUUUAUCUGUGUUGGUUCUUUCUUCAUACUUGUCAUCUCCUACAUCUUCAUCCUUUUUACUGUUUGGAAACAUUCCUCAGCUGGUUCGUCCAAGGCCCUCACAACUCUAUCAGCUCACAUCACUGUUGUCCUUUUGUUCUUUGGUCCAACCAUGUUUGUCUAUACAUGGCCACACCCCAGUUCACAGAUGGAGAAGUUUCUUGCUAUUUUUGAUGCAGUUCUCACUCCUUUUCAGAAUCCAGUCAUCUAUACAUUCAGAAAUAAAGAGAUGAAGGCAACAAUGAAGAGAGUAUGCAAACAGCUAGUGAUUUAUAGGAAGAUCUCAUAAAUUAUGUGAUGAGAUCUUCUCACUGACUA